GCAGCGUCGAAGCAUGAGUGAACCGGGUUGCUCCAGGAGGAUCCCCAGAACGAUGCCGCUGCCAUCUUGGUUCGAGAGUUGUCGUCGUCGCGACAGGGUGUUCUUUCUCUGGUACACGAGCAUCUGGAACCAAACGACACAGGAGAUUGUGGUUUGGGAUGACCCCGUGACGUCCAUUAUGCAGGUCCCCCCCAUCCCCCCGCCGCAGAAGGGAACGUGCGCGGGAUGGGGCUCGGGCCGGCACCCCCACAGGGAUGGCCCAGGACUCACAGGCAAUAGUGCUGCUGCUGUCAAGAUGCCCACUGCCGUGACCGCGCCCGCCAUGUUAGUGUUGCCUCGCCACGCGGGCCCGAUUCCUUUUUCCCCCCAUAGCGGACGCUACGAGACAAAACUCCUGAGCCCAAUCAAUGCAGUUUCAGGACGCAUGCGUGGCCUUGGCGGUUGACGUGGCCGACGCCUGCGCCGGCCCAGCGGUCUCGACUCUGGAGGUGGCGGCGCCGUCGGAGGCCUCAAAGGCGCCCAUCUUCUCUGCGGAGCCCCUUGUCGAGCACUCCGUCACGUUCACGGGUGAGACGCCCAUCAAUCUGUCGCCGCAUUUCCCGUGUUUGUUGGGCGGGGAUUUCUCUUUCAUGUGCACCGCCAGGAUGGACGGCGCCCGCCCGUGGAGCCGCCUGUUCGACUUCUCCCUCGAAGCAGACGAGGACAGCAUCACAGCGGGGGCCAUCGAGCUCACUCAAGACUUCCACUUCACCAUCUUCCGGGGCAAGAAGCCAAUCAGCGUGCGUGUGGAUGGGUUUUUCAAGCUUGGAGAGGAGUUCACCGUGCUGUGCACUGUUUCGGCCGCUGGGCACAUGAGAGUGUUCAAGGACGGCGUGCUCGUGGGUGAGAGGACGGGCGGGAUGGCGCCGCUACAUGUGGACAGGCCGCGCAUGAUGGUCGGCGGUCACUACUUGUUCCAGGAUCAAAACUUCUGUGGUAGCAUGAAAGACGUGAAGGUUUGGAACCAAGAAGUCCCUUGGGAGGAACGGUCCGCAUCGAGGGUGGUCGUGCACGUCUUGGGCGAGGUGUGCUCGGAGCAGGUCGAGGCAUCGGCCUGCUCGGAGUCGGACGGCGGGUUCCGCGGUGCCCGGGAUGCGGUGGAUCCGACCAGCGAGGACGCGGAGACCUCGGAUUCGGAGGCUGAGACGCUUGUCUCCAGGGGCGACGAAGGGUCUGCUCGUCAGUUUGGUGCAGGUAUCGCACCCGUCGGGGGCAGCGGCGGCGCUCCCCCCGCGGCCGCCUGAGGGGACCCGUGUCCGGGCAGGGUGGUCCAAGUUCGCUGUGGGGAUGCUUGGACGCGGUUAGCCCCUUCGGCAAUUCUGACGCGUUGCCCUGUCCGCAUAGGCCUGUGCCGCACGUCCGAGCCACGUGGGGGAUGGCGGGGGGGGGGGGGAGAAUGGGAUGCUCUCAGGAUGUAGUGAGUCACAAUGCGCAGCAAUCCCUGCCAGAGACUGUUGAAGGUUGUUCUUCAUACUCCAUUUUAAGUUAGAACGGGCAUCACUGAACAUUGGUCUGUUGAUGUCUCCCUGAUCGUCGGUAGCAGGAUACCACGAAUGCGGGCCAUUCGACUGCACCACCUCUCGCGGUGUCCUCUCACAGCUAGGCAAGUUUAGUAAGAUCAGUGCUGGCUGAUCUUGCGCGCGGCAAUAGCCGCCGAGAAUUCGCGUACACUCCAAUCGAUGUGUAUCAGGCGCAUUGUCGUACUGACAGGCGUCUCUGACUUAUGUCUUUUGUGGCACAGCUGGCAUCGUUGCAUUUGGUGACAUGCCUGCCUGAUCUGACGCCUCGCGCUG